CCCUCUCCCUCUCCCUCAAGAGCCUCCCCCUCUGUAUGAAUAGCAGAGCCGAGCUGUCUGGAGCCUUAUUCCUUCAAGGGCCAGGGGCACCCGCGUCUCCCUCCAUCACAGCUGCUGCUGCUGCUGCUGCUCCUCUUUGGACUCUCUUUUCCAAAGGGGGGGGGGGAACCGGCGUUCUUGGACCAUGGAGAGUCUCUUAGGGUCACGCUCCUUAGGAGAGGAAUCCCUCCAGAUGUGGGACCUCAACAAACGCCUGGAAGCCUACCUGGCCCGAGUGAAGUACCUAGAAGAGGAAAACGAGCUUCUGAAAGCAGAGAUCCAGAGCCUGAGGGUGAGUCCCCAGGAGAGCUCCUGGCGGGGCAAGUAUGAGGAAGAGGUGGCCGCCCUGAGAGCCACCCUGGACCAGGCCUUCAGGGAGAAGCACACGGCCGAGCUGGCCCGGGACAGCUUGCACGAGGAGGUCCAGCAGGCAAAGAGCCGGUGCCAGAAGGAACGGAGCGCCCAGGAAGAGGCCAAGAAGCUCCUCUCCAUGAGCAAGAAGGAGCUGGAGGAGGAGAAGCGGGCUCAGCUGUGGCUGAGGGAAAAGGCCGUCCAGCUGGAGAAAGAGGUCGAAGCCCUGGCCCAAGCCCACCAGGAGGAGAUGGCUGCCCUCGACCGAGAGACGACCGGGCUCUCCUGGAGCCUGGACAGCUUCCGGGCCCCCCCGCCAGCCGUGGGCUUCCAGCCGGUGGAGGUGGAGGACUACGCCAAGCGGCUCUCCGGCAUCUGGAAAGGGGCGGUGGAGACCUACAAAACAGAGGUCUCCCAGCUGGAAGCCUCUCUCUGCGAGGCGAAGGAGAAUCUCUGGAGAGCCACCGAAGGCAACCGGCAGAACCAGCUGCAGCUGCAGCAGUUGGAGAAAGAGCUGGUCAGCCUCAAGAGGCAGAAGGAGAUGCUGGAAGAGAGCCUGGCUCAACAGUGGCAGCAUCAGCACGGGGAGGCGGAGAAGCUGCAGCUGGCCCUGGAGGCCCUGGAGGAGGAGAAGCAGUCCCUGAGGGUUCAGAUCGCCCAGGUUCUGGAGGACCGUCAGCACCUGAUGCACCUCAAGAUGUCCCUCAGCCUCGAAGUGGCCACGUACAGGACCCUUCUGGAAGCUGAAAGCACAAGGCUGCAACUCCCCACCGCUGACUUCAAAAUCUCUAGUGCUCUCAGAGGUUCGAAACGGGAAGCAAGUCACAGCAAGCUCCAAGGGGGGUCUCUAGACAAAGGGCAUUUGGGAUCCUGGGACCUCAAGCUCAGCCCCACCCGCCUGAUGAAGGCCAGCGGAAAGCCUCGGCCGCUCACCAACCAAGCCGAGUCCUUGGCGAUCAGCCUCGGGGCGCUGCCGCCUCAGAGCUGCCGGAGUGCAGGGGUUCGAGAGUUCCAGAAGGCCAACGACGUCCUACAGUCCCAGCCCUCAAAGCACGUUGACCUUGCCUUGAAUCAGAAGGAAGCCUCCGAGGCCCCCCCCUUCAAGAUGGGCUCCCCCCAGCAAAGCAAGCAGAUCGCGGCCACCACAACGGAAAUGGUUUCUCCGUCGUUCUUCCAUGAAAUUCCCCCAGGGCAAAACUCCAUUAGUCUUAGAGUCGCAGAUGCCUCAGAGAAGUUGGGUUCAAGCGUGGAAAAAAGGUGUCAGGAAGAAGAUGAAGGUAGGAAUGAUGGAACCGCAAACCCAGUGGAGGCAGAGGGAACUGGAGAGAAGGCAGAACCUUGUGAAGAAAAGGAAGAAGAGGAAGAGAAGCGGCCUAAUGAAGAGCCACCGGGAAGGACCUCCAUCCAGAACCUGCUUUCUCCUAUUCCGCUCAUUACAGAAGCCUUAGAAACUGCAAUCAAAGAAGUCAACGGGGAAGGCGUUUGCCUGGACUCCAGCGCGCUCCGUGUGAGCAAAGCACAGCCCAGUGCUCCUUUCACCCACCCAUUGCCCAGGGAAGAAGAGAACAGAGACACUUGGUCUCCAAGCAGGGAAGCGUUAGAGGAAGCUGCGCAGAAGGUGCACGAAGGCCAAAAGGGAGACGUCCAACUGGCUGCUCGACCAGAGGACGUCGAAGGCUCCCAACAUGCCACCGAGGUUCAUGGUGGCCAGGAAGCCUGUCCUGAGCAGCACGGGGGAGAAGGAGGAGGAGAAGGAGGCCUGUGGGUGUCCUGGGAUGCAGAGUCAUCAUCUUCUCCACUGGGAGCAGAAUUGCCAAAGGAAGAGCAAAGCAGGGAACAAAUCGCCACAGGAGUUGUUCCAGCUGCUGACGAAACGGAGUUGGACAAAGAUGCAAGGCCCUCAUCGCAGACCGGGGGUGCUGGUACUAAGGAACCUCCUACGCUGGUGAGUGUAGAGCAGAGAGAUGACUCCGAGGAGGCUUACCAAGGCACGCCGUCACGGAGUCAUCUGGAGAAGGAGGCACUUGCCCAGAACGAAAGCUGGCAACCUAGCCCCAGCCCCACUGACCAUCACAGAGGCGCCGCGGGAGGGCAUCCGGAAGAGGUGGAUGGUGGAGUAGAGGACCUGGAGGUGGUGAGCACAGAAGCCCUUCAUUUGUCAGAGGACGAGGAAAGGAGAGUGCUCUGGAGUCCCUCCCAAGAGAACGAGGAGGAGGAAGAGUACGAUGAUUUGCAGGCAGAGAUGCUGGGAGCUGAAUUUCUGCAGGAAGGGGGGUUCGCCGUUGACCAUUUGUCACCCCUAAGCCACACCGCUUUAUCUGUAGCCGGCUGUAAAGAGCUCCUCUGUUUGCAGGUGGAGCAGGAAAAACUUCAGGAACAAGAUGCGCUGCUUCGUGGGAUCGAUUCGGCCUCCCCAGAUGCCUUGGGGCCUGAAGCAUUCAGUGCAGAAGAGACCAUCCCGAGAGACAGAAACUCUGCUGCAGGGAGGGAAGAUAAUGCCUUGGCAGGUGAGGCCUGGGCGACAGGCUGCAGGAGUGCUGAGGAAGAGAAAGAGGAGACGGUAAGGGAGGAGAGCCCCAGAGACAGAGAGGGGCCCGCGGAAGAGAAUAAUCUGGGAGACACCGAUGGAAGAGAGAGGGAAAGCGUCUCCGAGGUGGAGACUGUCGGACAGCCAGCUCUUCAUAAAGAAGAAGAUAACUGGAGGAAUGAAGAUACAGAAGAACCGGAGAGGUUCCCAGAUAUGGACAAUAUGGAACAUAAGGAUCUCCGGGAGGAAAAUAAUCUGGGAAUGGAAGAUACAGUCGAACAGGAGGGGUUCUCAUCCGUGGAGAUUGUCGGAUAUAAGAUUGUUCACGAAGAAGAGAAUAAUUUGGGAAAUGAAGAUAUAAUGGAACAGAAAGGAUUUUCAGAUGUGGAGAAUACUGGACAGGGAGAUAUACAGGAAAUUGAGGAAAAAAUUGAAAAUGAAGUUAUAACAGACAAAGAAAUUUUCUUGGACAUGGAAAAUGUUGGAUGCAAAGAUAUUAACAAAGAAGAGAAUCAUUUGGGGAAUGAAGAUACAGUAGAACAGGAUGGAUUCCCAGAUGUGGAGAACAUUGGAUACCAAGGUCUUCAGGCAGAAGAGAAUAAUCUGGAAAAAGAAGAUGCAAUGGAUGGGGAAAGUUUCUCCGAUGGGGAGAGUAGCAGACACAAAACUCUCCACAAAGAAAAAGACAGCGCAAGAAAUGAAGAUACAGGAGAACAGGGUGGACUCUCGGUUGGGGACAAUAUUGGAGAUUUCCAAAGAGAAGGGGAAGUUUUGGGUGAUGAAGAGACAAUGGAGAAGACAGGACAUCAAGGUCUCCAGGAAGAAGAGGACCCUUUGGAAAAUGAAGGUACAGACAAACAGGAGGCUUUCUCUGACCUAGAGAUGAUCCGCCCACACGUUGCUACCUGUCAGCCCGACGUUGCCUUGCAGGAGGAGAACAUUCUGGGACAAGAAAAUUCUGAGCAAGAGCAGACCGAAGAAGAAAAGGCCAACCACUCUAAAGACCAACUACCGACAGAGCAGAAGAGGGAGGAAGAAGACAUCACGGUGGUUUCUCCUGUGGCUGAAGGCACCGUGAUGACAGGAGAUCUGAACAUCGGCAUAGAAGCUGCAGAAACUGAAGAGGAGGCGGCAGGAGGCAGGUUGGAGAUAGAAGAAAUGGCAGGCCACCUCACAACGAGUACUUUGGGGUUAGAGGAAAACUCACCAUGGUGGUCUGAAGCCCAAGGAGGCUGCAGGACUGAAACACUGGUGGCAACAGAGCAGCAAAGUGUCACUGGGGGAAAAGAGGAGGCCCAAAGUCUACCCACCACCCUUGUUGAAGAAACCCCAGUUCCUGACAGCAGCCAAGAGGCAUCGGCUCCUUCAGAAACACACAGCAACGCGACCAAUGGACUUGAAGCGAAGGACCACAGUGAUCCGGACAACCAUCCGUCACAGAGUGAUUAUUUUGGAUCUGAGGAUUCCCUGGAAUCUUUAGACACCUCCCCCAAUGCCACCUCUGAGAGGAACACCCUGGAAAAGGAGGGAAAAAACAGCCAGGAGCUCCUGCUGGAGGAAACACUGCCAGAUCACACCCCCUUGCAUAUGUAUGAUGAGCAGAUGUUGGCUGUGAGACAGCUCUCAGAGAGAAAGGAGGUUGCAGAGCUCCCUCCUGUGACCAAAGACAGCUCUGGGUCAUCAGAAGAUACACAGCACGCCCUGGAGGAAGAGCGCCAGAGCAGUCCCCUGUUGUUGCAAGAAAAUGGCCAGGAACAGGAGAGAACAGAGGAGCAGAGCAGCCACCACUCUGAGACUGCUCCCAACUCACAGGAGCUUCCAGCAGCUUCCCAAGAUUUAGAAGACACAGCCUCUGAAACGUCAGGACUUUUCCAGGACAGUAAAGACGAACACACAAGAGAAGUGUCCAGGAGGGGAGAGGAGUCUGCACGGGAUUCUAAACUGUUGGUUGAAGAAUCUGACCAUCAGCCUGAAGCAGAAGCCUCCCAGCCAAGAAGCCACGUGGAAGAAGAAUGUAAGUGUACUGCAGAGAUCCAUGAGGAAGAAAAGAGCCCAAAUUGUGCUGGGGAGGCAGAGAAAGACAGCAUUCUCCAAGAGGAUCUGUUGGAUCCCAGGAACCCCCAGGAAGGUGCCCAGGAAGAAGAGGGCGGGACACUGGACUUGAGUGAUGAAAGCAUCAAGGAAGAUGAAGAGGCCUCUAAAGUCUCUCCUCUGACCAGUGUGGCUGAUUUGGGAGAAAUUGUGUUGGAAGGAGAUGUCUCUCCCGGUGAGCAGAGAAGCACCGCCCAGUCCAAAGUCUUGACAGACCGCCUGGGUGAACUUCAGCAAAUCUCUCAGCAGGAUCACACUCAAGAAGAUCUAUUUGAAACUGGUCCCAGCAGCAAAGAUUUCCCAGAUGCAUCUACAGAGGCAACUGUGAGCGUAUCGGCCGAAAGCAUGAAAGACUCUGAUAUUCUGGAAAUUGUAGAACAAGCCCUGGAGUUUAACCAAGAGUUGAUCAAAGCAGCUGAGGAACGUGCUGAAGCUGAGCUCUCUGCAGUGGGAAGAGAGGCCACUCGCCUCCCGGAAGAAAAGGGUCAUUAUGCUUCUCUCGCCUCACUGGAGAGAGGGGAAUCCCAGAUUUCUGCCGAUGUUCCAAAGGCCGCCCCCCUCAGUGCCAAAGACCCAGCAGAAACCAAUCACCUCCAGGUUGCCAUUGACACUAACGGUUUACAGCAAGAUGCCAGUUUCUCAGAUUUCACGAAGGCCCCGGAACUGAAUGGCAUCGGUCACCUCCCUCCUAGCCUCGUGGAAUACGGGGGCACCUCCACAGAAGAGAUAGCCAGAAAGACCACCGUCCCCCAAGAGUUCCAGAGAGAGGAGAUGGUGCAGAGAGGAAUCCAGGGUCCAGCUCAAACAUCCCCCAAGGAUGAGGCAAAAAGAACCGGAGAAGACAUUUUCCUACUUCCCGAGAAAGAUCGUCCAGAUCACAAAGGACCAGAGGCCCUUGGCGCGAAGGACAGCUUAUCGGUUGACAUCAUGCAGGCGGCUUGCCUGAAAGGAGGAAAGGAUGCCAAGAUGGAGGCCCUUCCCGUCCUGCCGCAUUUUGAAGAAGAAGAAGUCCUGUGUUUGGAGCCUGGCCAACACCUGAAGUUCAGAGCAGAAGCUGACGAGGCACUGUGGCCCCCAGAAGACAACUGAAAUAUCCUGGCGGUUAAGUCUCAGGCCUGAGUCAAGGAAGCAAGCGGGGCUCCUUGCAAACGGGGCCAUUGGUUCCCCUCUCUGCCACCCCACCCCUCCCUCCUUCCCUAGCUACCGUCUUCCCAUUUGGAAAACGCAUAAUCGGCCGUCAAACUGACAAUCAGAAACUUUGCCAAGACAGAUUAUUUGGCCCUUUAAAAUGUUCACUCUAUGGUAGCUUUCUAGGCAUGUUCGUUUAAAUGAUCAUUCAACUCCAGUGCCUUGUAGGAUGUAGUAAGAUUGCCUUGGAGUCUGAAUCGCAGAGAAUCAUGUCCUCCUUCAUUAUCAUCGGUUCACUUCUCUGGGAGUUUGGACAGGCAAAAAUCUCACUGCCUCUGACCUUUUAAAAGGUGUUGGCGAGUGGCGUUCAGGGGGUUUCCAUCGCCUUUUACACCAACGCCCGAAAGCCCUGCAUGGGCAACACUUUCCCCGAAUCCCAGCAGGAUGUCAUGUCGGGCUGGGGGGCGGGAUGCAGGGCCCCCAAAAGCCAGCGCCUCUCACAUUUCACGCUCUGGAACGGGCCCAGCCAUCCUUAACACUAGGGAGCAGAAACCGACCACGCCAUCCCCGGGGAUGAAGGACUGCUCUGUCUUCCUGGCUGUCGCCCCCUCCUGCUUGUGGGCUCUGCCUGACCCACAAGGAGGGCAGAGGGCCUGUGUUUGCCUCGUGGCAUCUUCUCCCCCCCAAGACCCUUAAAUUUAGUCACUGGAGGGGACCCCCUCUAGCCUACUGGCCAGCAAGUGCUCUAGCCGCUGCAUCCUGUGAACUUUUCUUUCCUCUUGGAAACAAAGUCUCCAAAUUGUUGCCACACAGGAAGCAUGCCCUGUUUGUUUGUUGUUUUAAAAUGAUACAUUUACCAAAAUAUGUAUACUUUAAAACCCACAAACAAACAGGCCAUGCUUCCUGUGUGGCACCAAUUCGGAGACUUUGUUUCCAAGAGGAAAGAAAAGUUCACAGGAGCCCGGUGGGUGGCGAGGGCAACCCCCCGCCCACCCCCCGCAUGCUAGUGGGCCUGUUGAGAAAGCGAGCAGCUCAGCCCCUGGGACUGACACCCGGGGCGGGACCCCUGCCCGGAGCACGCAAGGGAGGGGAACGACCCGCCCCCGAGAGCACUGCUGGACUGGCGGCCAGGCCUCUGCCGGCUCCGGGGCCUCCCUUCCCAUCCAGGGCUGGGGGUUGGCGGAAGGGGUGGCUUCCCCACGGACUGGCAGCGGCAGAAGUGGCAAAGCGCCUACAGCUCAAUGACUCCUCCAGGAGGAGGCAGUGGCCUCACCCAGCCCUGUCGUGGUUUCCUGGAAGCUGACCAACCUCCUGCCCUGCCGGAGGACCAAGGAGCAGAAGCUGAACAAGGCCGAGCAAGGGGUGGGAGGGCACAGGACCUGCUACUGCGCCAGGGGACUCAGGAGCUGCUCCCCCCCCCGGCUGUCCUCGGAGGUCCAUGGCAAGGACGUAGGAGGGGCUGUGCCCAGAGACCAGACCGGCCGGCCCCAAAUUCUGCCUUGGGAUGGCCUGCCGUCCUCCCGCUAAGAGGGUGAGUGGAGGAGAGCGGAUCUCUGAAGGCCACCCGAAGGAGGGCCGCAGCUCCACUGACCACAGCUGCCGGCUGGGGGAUCUGCUGCUUCUGGGUUGGGGGGGGACCCUUCUCCCCCCUACCCCCCACCCCACGGAGCAGGAGGCCGCUGUUUAAGCAGCACCGCAGGGGGUGACAAGAGAUCCGCCAGAAAGGCCCCUCCUGACGACCCCGUGCCCACUCCUUCCCACGACCAAGGCCCACGGCAGAGUUUGGGAGGUGACGGGGGGGGGGAAGCCCUGUUUUGGCGUGCAAGAGACAAGUGCCCCCGACACGGAUUCCUGUGCCUCCUGCUUUAUACGCUAAUAAAACAAGUUAUUUUCCACCACA